AUGGAGGAGGGCGUGGAUAGCCCGCCCACCUCCAAAAAAAGACCACGACGGCCUGAUGAUCACCAGAACGGAUCUGGUCUUGGCGGCGGAGGUGAUGAUUGUGGUUUAUGCAUUUUAAACGAUGGUAGCUCUACAACAGUUAAUUAUCCUAGACAUAAUCCCUCAGCAAUAGAUGUAAGUUUUAUAAGUCCCCAGUUGGCUCCAUUCUGUGAAUGGUCAGUAUAUGAUGAUGCUAUGGGUAGUUAUCACUACCCAACUAUCACAAAUAUUACUAUAAACCCUGAAAGAUAUACAGUAAUAUAUGGUACAGAAAAAUUUUUGUAUAAUAAAACAGAUUGGAAUAAGUAUGCAGAAGUCUCUAAUAAUGUCUUUCAAGACAUGAUAGUUAGUAAAGAGAAUCCAGUUGCCUCUUAUGAGGAGUUUUGUAACAGACUUAAUAAGCUUAAACAAAUGUGUGUUCCUAAAUUUACUAAAACCAACUUUAGAGGCAGACCACCAGCGCCCUGGUGGAAUAGUACAUGUGAAGAGGCUGUUAUAAAAUCUUACAACGCACUUAAACUUUAUAGAAACGAUCCCACGGUAGAUAAUUAUAUAAAUUAUAAAAGACUAGACGCGCUAAAGAAACGCACUAUAAAGGAGCAAAAACGAAUUAGUUGGAAUAGUUACUGUAACAGCUUUAAUAGAACUACUCCCAUUAGUCAAAUUUGGAAUCUCAUUAAAAAGUUUAAGGGUGUCAGAACUGGUAAUAAGUCGUAUAGGGAUGAUUUUGUGCAACCAUUCUUAGACAAACUAUCUGAUAAUACAAAUUUAGUAAACUCCAAUUCAUUAAAUGAUUAUUUUAUAUCUAACAAUGAAAACCCUCAAUCAAGAUUUCUUUUAGAACCUUUUUCAUGGUCCGAAUUUAUAAUGAGUUUACAAUCCCGUAAAAAUACUAGUCCCGGUUUAGAUGACUUUCCCUAUUUAUUAAUAACAUAUUUACCUGAAUCCAUAAAAUUAAUAUUUUUAAAUGUACUUAACAGUCUCUGGCAUAAGAAAUUAAUUCCAACAUCAUGGAAGACUCAAUGUGUUAUUCCAAUUCUUAAACCAGAUAAAUCACCAGAAAAUGCAAGUUCUUAUCGUCCAAUCUCACUAUCAUCGUGUCUUGGUAAGAUAUUUGAAAACAUGUUGAAGACUCGCCUCGACUGGUAUGCGGAAUCAAAUACUAUCAUCCCUCACAUUCAAUAUGGAUUUCGUAAAGGAAGAAGCUGUGCAGACAGCUUUAUUUCUCUAACAAAUGAUCUGAAAAAUGCGAAAAAUAAUAAGAUACAUACAGUUUGCGUAUUUUUAGAUGUCCAAGGGGCCUUUGAUAGUGUAGAUCCUGGCAUACUGGUCAAGGUACUAAGUAAUGCUGGGAUACCAGGACAGUUGUGUAAAUGGAUCUAUGAUUUUCUAAGUAAUAGAGUUCUAUAUGUUAGGCAUAACAAUGUUCUACAUGGACCCAGAAUUGCCUCAAAAGGUACCAUGCAAGGUGCAACUUUGUCACCAUUGUUAUAUAACUUGUACACAUGUGAAAUAUGUAAAUAUGUAGAUACCAAAAAUGUAAAUAUACUUCAGUUUGCUGAUGAUUUAGUUUUAUACAGUUCGGAUUUAAACUUAACAUUAGCUGUAGAAAAAGUAAAUACUGGAUUAAGACAAUUGAAUAACUAUUACCAGCACAGACUAAACUUAAAAGUAAAUACUAUGAAAAGUAAUGUCAUGAUAUUUGGAAAAGACCUACCAAUGAUAAAUGUUACUUAUAAUGGUGAUGUUAUACAACAAGUAAGCGAAACGAGCGGCAAACAGGAUUUCAACCAUCCUAAGUUCAAAGAUAUAGUUAUUUUACUAGAUGAAUAUAAUGGUAUUAAGUACACUGCAUAUAAGGUUGCGUUUAAGAUUUUCGUUCUCCAAAAACAACUUAAAGUACCUCCCCUCCGAAUAAGUUCUGGUGUUUUUGCGAGGCAUCAGCUAAGUUUGUCAGAAAGCAGUUUAUCCCUUGAUACAGCUGAAUUGGAGGCAGUUCUUGCUGAUAUUUACUUUGCUGCGGAGAAGGAAGGAUUGUUUGAUGGUGACAUUGAUUUGGCUGUGGAUCUAGUUAUCAAUCUGUUGUUAAAUGUUUAUGAUGAAAACAGAAAUACUCCAAUAAGAGUGCUUGCUGCCAAAACAUUACUAAUAAUUCUAAGUGAAGAAUCUGUUGAUGACAAAUGGUUUGCUCUAGCCAACUGCUGUGCUGACCACAAUGGUUGUGUGUCUCCUCGGAGAUUAUCAGCAUUGCUCCAACAUGUUGCCGUUUUAGCAAAAUACUUGGGAGGACCUGGAGACCAAGUUCAAAGUGAUGUUGACGGAUGCUUUAGUAAGAGUGCUGGUAUGCUUGGUGUCAGCUGUCGUUCAGUAGCAGAUUGGGGUGUUAACACCUGCUGCAGUACAAACUGGCUAAUUGUAGUACAGAGGGUAGUUUCUAGUAGAAAUUGUUCUACCGCCAACGCGUCUUGUGUUGUAUGUUUACAACCACUUAUACAGGUACUAAAAUUCAAGUGUGCUAAAUGCACGGAUCUAUACUUCUGUGAGAAGUGCUAUUUAUACGACAAAGACUUAAAUAAUAUUACUGGACACAAGAAGUCUCAUUUAGUUUAUGAGGUUAAUGAUGGACAGAUAAAACCAACAGAGUGUCUCAGUUUUAUGAAGGGUAUGAAACGAUUUUUCUUCUGCACAAAGACUGGUAAGAAAUCAAGCAAAAAAGGAAGUAAGAAAAAGAAAGAAAGACCGGGGUCUGUCAGGAGAAAACAGGACGAAAAGCCAGCGAUUUUCACCUCAACAGUUGGUAAAGCUUCUGGACAUAAGAGGAAUAAUCCAGCGAUUACUUUAGAAGAUAUUAUAACGCAAUUGGAAAAUCAAACUAGAGCCCUAAAAGAUAUUUCAAGCCAACUGCAAGAAGUCUCCCAGACAUGUGAUGAUGAAUUAAAAACAAAAGUUGAUACACACUACAAUCAAAUAUCGGCACAGAUAAGCCGUUUAAGAGAACUAAAGGAAAAUCUUACAAGUGAAGGAAAGACGGAGAAAAGUGAACGGCCACAAGCAUUCGAUAUGUUCAGUCCUAUACCAGUUGAUGAAAAACAAGCGAAAAUGACGGAAAAUCUUAAAAACCAGCCUCGAGUCCUCAGCAUGGACUCUGGGAACUUCUCAGUGACGUCCAAACAUGAGAAUCAGGUGUUGUCUAUGACAGGAGAUGCCUUGAAGCCGGUGAUACAAGGAACUUCAGAUAGUAUAUCUGCCGUGUCUAUGAAUGAAAUGACUAAUUGGUAUAAUGAAACUGGUGCUGAGAAAAGAUCUAGGACAAUCCUUCCAGACCAAACGUGCCAUAACAUAACGACAGAGCAACGAUUCGCGGCGGAUAUGCGCAGCGUUGAACAGAGUAAUGACAAAAUGAAAGAGUUGAAUGCGGACCUGGACACAGUUCUGGACAGGCUUCAGCAGAUAUUGACACAUAACUUUACUGUUGACGAAUCGUGCUUCGAUAACAGCCAACUCAAGGAGACUGCAAACGAAAUGGAAGGUUUACUUGGCUCAUUAAUACGCGGCGUUGAGCAAAGGGCAACACUCAAUACUAAAGGGAUGGUCUGA